CUAUAUUCGAAAUGGCGACUGCUCAGAAGAACGCGAGUUACGACUACCUGAUGAAGUUGCUGCUAAUCGGUGACUCGGGUGUCGGAAAGAGCUGUGUGCUGCUGCGUUUCUCGGACGACUCGUUUACGCCGUCUUUCAUCACAACAAUUGGAAUCGACUUUAAAAUCCGCACUAUCGAGCUGGACGGCAAGCGCAUCAAGCUGCAAAUUUGGGAUACUGCAGGCCAGGAGCGCUUCCGCACGAUCACGACGGCGUACUACCGCGGAGCGAUGGGAAUUCUGCUCGUCUACGACGUCACGGACGAGCGGUCGUUCAACAACAUCGAGAACUGGUACCGCAACAUUGAGCAGCACGCGAGCGAGGGCGUGAACAAGAUCCUGAUCGGCAACAAGUGCGACAUUGAGGAGCGCCGGGCGGUGCCCAAGGAGAAGGGCCAGAAGCUGGCUGACGAGCUCGGCAUCAAGUUCCUCGAGACCAGCGCCAAGUCAAACACCAACGUUGAUGAAGCGUUCUUCAGUCUCGCGAGGGAUAUCAAAAAGCGCCUGCUCGAUACAUCCGCGGAGAACCGUGCACAGCCCGCUGCCGCCGGUGGCCAGGACAAGGUCAACAUUGCCGAUGCCCAAAGCAACGGGUAUGCGAACAAGGCCGCCUGCUGCUAAACGCCCCCUCCCCAGUGUGGUCCGAGGAGUGAGAAAAAGCGUAUGUGGCAAGGAAUUGGAGUGGUAUGUGUUGCGUCUGGGCAUGCCCAAGUAGUUUUGGCGUAUGCCGACGCCUUUAUUACUCUCUGGAGCUCCUGUCGCGGUCCUGCUGCUUUUCACUGCCCUCAUAUAGCCCCCCUUUACUAUCUCUUCUGUUUUUGCUGUAUCCUCGAAUUCUGUAAGCUCCAUUUGCUUCCACAAUUGCUCCAUCUUUCAGAAACCUAUAUAUCCUAGCCGU